AUGAUAGCUGAAACCACUGAACAAAUUAAGAAAAUUAGAGAUAGGAUGCUUACUGCUCAGAGCUAUCAGAAGAGUUACACCGAUCAGAGGCGGAAGCCCCUAGAGUUUGAGGAAGGAGACCAUGCUUUCCUUAAGCUUCGUAAGUAUACUCCUGAUGCUAGCCAUGUGUUACAACCGGAAUCGGUACAGUUAAAGGAAGAUUUGACUCUGCCGGUGACUCCGGUCAGGAUUGAUGACACGAGUGUUAAGAAGUUGCGCGGAAAAGAGGUUUCAUUAGUGAAAGUGGCAUGGAGUCGAGCUGGUGUUGAGGAGCACACUUGGGAACUUGAGUCAGAGAUGCAAGCAGACUACCCACACUUAUUCUCACGUAACUGA